AUGACUAACGAAUCGCAUGAAAAUCGAUUUUCCGUGCGCUCUGUCUCUGAGGGCAUUGACGACCACUACCUCACUCGGGAGGCGCCCCCUCGCGUCGACCACUACCGCAAUGUUAUGUCAGUUCAUUGCCGGAUCUCACGGCCCACUCUCGAAGAGCUGUUCGUGGGCCACACCAACAACAACUAUCUCACGAAGUCAACCGAUCCUCAGAAGAGCGGUCGUACGGAAGGCAAUAUCAAACUGGGAUGGUUACAGGGCGUCCUCAUGCGCUGUAUUCUCAACAUAUGGGGAGUCAUGUUAUUCCUGCGCCUCUCGUGGGUCGUCGGCGAAGCGGGUAUUGGUUUGGCGUUUGUGGUGAUGAUAUCGGCCACUUUCAUCACUACCAUAACUUCCAUCUCCAUGUGCGCCAUUUCCACCAACGGUGAGGUGAAGGGCGGCGGCACCUACUAUAUGAUCUCACGAUCACUCGGACCCGAGUUUGGCGGAGCCAUUGGG